AUGGAGAAGAAAGAUCUGGAAAUCCAAUGCACCAACCACAAGGCGUGGGGCAUCGGCAAGACCAAUAUCGCACUCGAGAUCAAACACAAGGACGGCACCCAGUAUUGCAUCUCCCGCACCUACGAUGAAUUUCAGAAUCUGCACAAGACGCUCAAGAAGGAGAUGAAGAAGGACCUGAGGAAGAAGCUGCCCAAGUUCCCCACCGGCAUGUUCGUGAACACGCACGACAAGGCCGCCUUCCUCAGCCGCUUCUUCAAGUUCCUCACCACCGAAGCCGAGUUCUUCGCCCACGCCGCCGUCCAGAAGUUCAUCGAACCUCGCACCAAGCUGCUGCAUUUGGCGGUGACGGCUGGACGCAACAUCAUCGGCAAGACCAAGAAGGGGUCGAAUGUGUUCUGUCGUGUGGCGAUGUAUGAUUCGCAGAAGAAGGUGGGCAAGUCUGUCCGAACGGCCAUCGUGAAGAAGACGCUCAACCCCGUCUGGAAGGAGCCCGAGCCUGUCGUCUAUGAGGUGAAUGAAAAAUCAGACGACCAAGGUGGCGUCACGAUCUCGUGCUGGCACCGCACCUCGUUCGGCCGCAAUCUCUUCCUCGGACGGAUCAACAUUCCGUUCAAUACCAUACCCUACAACAAGAACAUCUCGCGCUGGUUCCCGCUCCACCCCACCCACGGUCGCAAGUCGAACGUGCACGGCGAGAUCAGUCUCAACCUCCACUUCAAGACCAACGCCGAUGGUAAGCCGGAGGACCACCUGACGCCCGAGGAGCGGGAGAUGAAACGCGAGCAGAAGGAGGAACGACAGCGCCGUCGUGCGCACCGUGAGUUGGAGCGCGGCGUGGGCGAGAUUCACCUCCAGUAUUUGUACAACCCGCCGAUGGGAGCGUGGGAGGGCUAUCUCACGCUGAAGGUGGUCGAGGGCCGAAAGAUCAAAAUGCUGGGCGACAAAGUGGUCGAUCCCUACGUCGUUCUUUCCGUUGGCGCCAAUCGCGAGAGAACGAAGACGAAGAAGAGCACGAGCGCGCCCGUGUGGAAUGCGAACUAUUUCUUCUACAUCCCGCCCGAACAGGCGUCCGCCACGUUCGACGUCGACCUCUACGACUGGUCCCUCCUCGGAACGAGCAACUUCGUGGGCGACGCCUCGGUCCUCCUCGAAGACCUCGAGACCGACUUCAUUCAGGACACCUGGUGGGUGAUGUGCGGUCCGCCGUUGACCCAGAAGGGCAUCUCCAAGAAGCUGGGCAAGCAGAUGGCCGAGCAGGGCUACACCCCGAACAUGCCCAUCGUGCUCGUUCCCGGGUUCGCCUCGUCUGGAUUGGAGGUGAUCGAGGGCCACAAGCCCUGGGUCGGCGAUCGCGUGUGGAUCUCGCUCAACAAGAUCGGUCUCCAGAACGUCAAGAGGAAGUUCGACAUUGGGCGAAACAAAAAUGCUUACGACACCCUCGAUUUCGGUACCAAGAACAUUUGGAUCAAGCACCUGUGCCUCCACGGCGACGACUGCCGCAGCGACCCCGCCGGCAUCAAAGUGCGGGCCAUCCAGGGCAAGCAAGCCGUGACCUACCUCGACCCGGGCCUGCUCACGGGCUCCCUCUCCUACGUGAUGGGUCCCCUGGUGGAGAAUCUGGAGUCGCUCGGCUACACGGACGGCGUCAACCUCCUCACGGCGCCGUACGAUUGGCGCCUCCCCUAUUUCUACCUGGAGGAACGCGACGGCUACUUCACCUGGCUCAUGACCGCGAUCGAGAAGAUGGCCAAGCGCGAAAAGAAGCCCGUGGUGCUCCUGGGCCACUCCAUGGGCAACCGAAUCAUCCAGUACUUCUGCCUGUGGGUGGUCAAGCGCACGGGGUCGCGCAGGUGGCUGGACGAGAACGUGCACACGUUCGUCGCGGUGGGUGCGCCGUUCCUGGGCUCGCCCAAGUGCGUGCGUGGCAUGAUCUCCGGCGAUCGGUUCGGCAUGGACCUCCUGCUCUCGUCCCGCGAAGCCAAGGCCUUCGGGCGUACCCUCGGCAGCACCCCCGCGCUCAUGCCCAUCUCGAAGCUGUACAGCGACCCAGCACCGCUACGCAACGCCAACGCCAACGCAGGUGCUGCGCAGCAAUACGACGACCUCGGCGUGGGCGUGAUCUAUGCCAAGCUCGACGAGGCCAAACCGCAUCAGUCCGUUCCCUAUUGGAAGUUCUUCCCCAUCGCCGGCGCCCAGAAAACGGUGGAGAUCUUCAACAAGUACUACGUCAGCGACCCGGUGUAUUCCGAUGGAGGCGACGACGAGAGCGAGUGGCCCAUCGUGGCCGCGCCCCCGCUCAACCGCCUCUACGCCAUCUACGGCACCAACCUCGACACCGAGCGUAUCUACUUCUACCGCCGCAAGGACAAGGAGAAGGAGGCCCAGUGGUGGGUCCUCGACGAGAACCCCCAGUACGACGCCAAGGACCCCAAGCUUGCCUGCCUCAAGAUCGCCGGCGGCGUCGGGUUUGAGACGGCGGAGACUCUGCAGCCGUGCAUAGAGAAGCUCACCGGUCGCAAGGGCUACGCGUCUGGCGACGGAACGGUGACCUACGCGUCCCUCAACCACUGCGCCAGCUGGCGCAAGGAUAUCCCCGAGCUCCGCAUCGACGAGCUCGAAGGCGUGGAACACAGGGAGAUCCUGAACAACCGGCUCUUCUUCAAGAAGCUCAUCGAGUACAUCUGCGACAAGCCCAAGAAGAUCAAGUCGCCCGCGCAACUCACCGUCCGCGGAAAGAAAUACCUCAAGAAAUAUGGGCAGGACGACGAGGUAGACGACAUCGCAGGCGAUCACUCCGACGAGGACGAAGAUGAGAACGGGUCGAAGGAUGACCUCACCCUAACCUCCUCAUCUGAGACCUUCUCGCCCGCCUCCACGCCCACUUCCUCCCCCUACGUCGGCCGAAAAGGUGACCAACCUCGGGACAAUGAGCCGGACAAUGCGCCGCCACUGCACGACGGAUCCGUCAUCAUUCCGCCUCGCCCGCGCGCCAAGUGA